CUUAUUAAGAGUGUCCCAUCUCCCUCUCUUCUCUCCAGAUGCACCGGAGCAGCAAACAGGCAGCAUCUGUAGAGAAACUUGUGAAAGUUGAUAUUGUUGGAUUACUAGAUAGAUUUAUUUUUAUUAAGCACCUGCCUAUCCUCACUUUAUCUUUUGUUUUCUAUUUAGUUUUUACCUGUGGAUAUUUUGGACUUGAGUUGGAUUUGUUCUGAGCUAAGGUUGAGGUUGGACCGCUGACACUUUAUUUUCAUACCAGGAAGCAGUCAGAGCACUAAUCUACACUGAGCAAAAUGGAGCACCUUGUCCAACAUGGAAACUCAUCGUCAUCUCACAGCUCAGUCGACACAGAGCUCCUGUCUCGGACAGGCUACACAAUACUGGCCGUUAUCAUGGGUGUGUUCUCUGUGGCGGGGACCAUCCUCAAUGUCCUGGUGAUCGUAGUGACAGUGAAACACAGACAGCUAAGACAGCCACUCAGCUAUGCCCUGGUUAACCUGGCCAUAUGUGACCUGGGCUGUGCUGUAUUUGGAGGUCUGCCCACCACAGUAACCAGUGCCAUGGGAUACUUCAGCCUGGGACGUGUGGGCUGCGUGUUAGAGGGCUUUUCUGUAUCGUUUUUUGGUAUAGCAAGUCUGUGUACAAUAGGAGUCAUUUCUGUUGAACGCUGCAUAGUGGUGUGCUAUCCCAUGGGUGCUGUCCUGUUCCAGACCAGACAUGCAGUUGCUGGAGUGGUGCUGUCCUGGGUGUGGUCGUUUGUGUGGAACACUCCGCCUCUGUUUGGUUGGGGAAGUUAUGAGCUGGAGGGCGUCAAGACCUCCUGCGCCCCUAACUGGUACAGCCGGGAUGUCGGGAACAUGUCCUACAUCAUCAUAUACUUUUUCCUUUGCUUUGCUGUGCCCUUCUCUAUCAUCAUUGUGUCUUACUCAAGACUCUUGUGGACCCUCCACCAGGUGACCAAGCUGCAGGUAUCUGAGACUGGCAGCACAAAUCGCGUGGAGGUGCAGGUUGCAUGUAUGGUAGUGGUGAUGGUGUUGGCCUUCCUAGUGACUUGGCUUCCAUAUGCGGCUAUGGCCCUUGCUGUCAUCAUAGACUCCAGUCUAUAUAUUGACCCCAUCAUUGCUACCAUGCCUGUUUACUUGGCUAAAAGCAGCACUGUCUACAACCCCAUCAUAUAUAUUUUCAUGAACAGACAGUUUCGAGGCUACGCUGUUUCCACUGUCCUGUGCAGAUGGAGCCCGUGGGCCUCAGAUUCACAAAUGUCUGAGGGUGAGACCACAGUUGCUUCUCUCAUCAAGAGCCAAAAAGUCUCACCUAAAGAAUCUUUAAAAGAAUAAAAGUCUACAUGAAUCCCCAUGGUCUCACUCCGGAGGCACCCCCAGGUCACCAGAACUACUUCCAGCCAUUAGCCAACCCCUUCAGCACUGGACUGCAAGGAAAUAUUAAUUUCAAAACUUAGUAUUUAAAACAACAUAUGUAGACACACCCAGGAUAACUGACUGGUAUGGAUGAAAGGAACGAGGCUGUACACAUUCUGUGUAGUUCCAUUUUAAAAAACAUUAAAGCAGCUGUGAAAAGGAAGGAGCAAAGCACUAUCAUAUGACACUCCAUGUGUUCAAACCUGUCUGUCUUUUCCUGCUGAGGCUGUCGCGACUUUUAUGUAUUCUUACAAUAAAGACAACCCCUUUGUCUUGUUCUCUGUCAUGGAUAUUGUUAAUCAUGUAUAAUUCUUUUUGAUCUCACCAUGAGGAUUGUGGGAGUUGUGUCAAAUUCACAGGGUGUAAAGAUUCAAAAAUUUAAAAAUAAAGAUUCAAAUCCACAUUUACAUAGAAACAUGGUUUACUAAAAUUAAUGAUAUGCAUGCAUGCACAUGGUUAUCCUGUUUAUGGAUAUCAUUUGAAACCUCUCUACAGUGCCAGCAAAGUAAUCUUCCUUUCCUAAGGUCUUUUAGUGGCUGGAUUACUUUGGUUAAGAGGCUUACAUAUAGCAUAGUGUAAGCUAAAAGAAAAACACACUUACUUGGUUGAGCCUAAAUGAAAUGUGCAGAUGUAUAAUUUUCUGAAUUCUAGCUUGAAUUAAAUGUCAAAUGUGACAGAUCUUAAAAUGUUCUUUUAGCACACAUAAAUAUUUGUUCCCAAUACUGAGAAGCAAAAUAAGUAAUUUAAUUUUUUUGCAGCAAACUGCCAAAGCCCUGUAAUGGUGAACAAUGAAUUUUCAAAGGAUUUAUGACAAGAAAAAUAAAAUUAAUUACAGAAUUUUUUAUUUUUUAUUAGGUGUACACAUCCGCUUUACUUCUAAAGGUCUGUGCUCAAAUAUGGUACACUCCCCCUCGCACACAAACAGACCUUUGUCACCUAUAUAUGACCGUUAUGGCUUUCAUUGAUAAAAAUCUAAAUAAUCAGUGUGUUAUACUGCUUUGCAACAUGAUACUUCACUUCAGCCUUUUGGAUCCAGCAUGUUAAACAGCAAGAAGGAAAAAAAAUCAGUUUAGUCAAGUCUCACAGUUUGAUCAUUCACAGUCAUUUCUCCCUCUCUAAAUAAACACAAAUGCAAUCAUACUCAUCCUAUUACCUUGGCUUUUUAUUGAUUACAGAAAUAUUGCUAUGACUUUCAUUAAAGAAAAGCAACAAAAGUGUGUGAAUAGCUGUAUCAAACCUGUACACUUUUGUAUAUACAGAGUGUGGGAUCAUCUAUGUACAUGCUACAUCCUGUCACACUCUGGGUAAAUUAGUAGUCCUUCUGACAGGCACAGACGUGGGAUCACUUCACCCCUUUCUGAAUCCAUUUCAGAAAAAGAUGACCCGAGGUCGGUGCCUGAUGAACAGGAAACUCCAAUCUACACUCACAGGCCAUCUCAUAGAUACAGUACAUGUUGACAUGUCAACUUAUUGGUGUGUGAAACAGUUGUGUGCUUGAACACCUGGUGCUUGGAGGGCUGACUUUGGUCCUGUUGUUUCUGGCAGCCUGUAACAAUAACGGCAGGAAACAACAGCGUGUCUGAGUGCUUGAAGUCCUGCUAAAUGUUAGUGCCCAGUUAUACAGGCUAUGUAACAGCUAAAACUGUACUAUACAGCUUAAAGUUUAAUCAGAUUUGUCAUACAAACUAUCUGGUCCCAAAGCUGGCAGCACGUCACAUUGUUGCUCAAUACUGUGUUGUCUUCAUCUUAUUUAAGGUACAGUCUUCAGACUCAUUGAGGAUCCAUUACAGGUUAAUGUAGUGUAAAAAUCAUUUAAUAAGGUCAUGUCCCAUGCAAGAUUUAAACCAAGUGGAGGUAUUCCUUUUUCCAGCCACAGCUAUUUCACAUACCGACUGAAAACAGUUGUGGUUAAUACACAAACAUGCUUGAAGAUGAUGAAGUAAAGACAUGGGUUAGGUAGUCACUUUAACAGCAAUAUUAUGGUCAAAUUAACAGAGAUUGAAUGACAGAAGACUGACAGGUUGAUGCUGAGAAAUGAUUCUUCUUCUACACAUACAGUUUGAACCAGCUUUGCAAAGAGUUUCAGGCCACGUUCGACGUACUCUGCUCUACUGGGGAGACAUACGAGACCAGCUGUACCUCACAGCAUCCACAAAACGACAAUAGCAAUAAGUCCUGAGCUCAAGGAAUGUGCAACAAGUCCCCAGCCAGUCGCCACACUGUUCCGGUGGGAACACAGUAAAGACUGAGAACAGCAUCCUGGAAUUAUCAUUGCUUCUGACAAGUAAAAAGUAUGAUCAUAUAUACAGUUUUUAAAAAAAAAAGAAAAAAAAAAGAGUAAAAUUAAAUGCAUGUGGAGUUGGGCAGGAGAGGUUUGGGGUUGUUAAAUGUUCUACUGAUCUAAAGAGGUAAAAAAAAAAAAAAAUCUGGUGCAAAGAGAACAUUUCAACAUCAACACCUGUACGUCACACAACAAAUCAAGACAAGUUCUGAGUCAAGGCAAAAGAGGAAGGGGGUGUCUAAGAAUAAGCAGGUGAGGAUUUGUACACUUCCUUUACCUCUCUGUCCUUACAGGUUGUCCUUCUUGUGUACUCAAACAGGAGUGCCUUGCAGCAUAGUGUUCUUUACAACAUGUGAGCAUGUGACAAAUGUAAUUAUUGUCUACUA